UGUUCGUUUCCUCAUUCAACUGAGCCAUUUGAAUGAAGCUGAGCGCGUUGUUCGUUUAGACACAAAAAGUACGACUCAUUCAAAUGGCUCAGUCGAAUGAUUUUCGAAAAUUUAGUUUUAAUUUUGCAAAUCAGUUGACUGAACCGAAUCGGAUCAUUUGGCUGGAACUGGUUCAGUCAAAAUGCGGAAAUGUCGAUAUUGCCCUUGAUAAAACUCAAAUAUUACAAACCUAAUUUUGUUAUUUUUUCAGUCUCAUCGUUCUCUCUCUGCCGACAGACCUCUCAAUCUCAUCUUCUCUCUCGCCACCAUGAAAGGAGCUUGAAGCUCUGACCUCACCGUCGCUCUCUCGCCAUCUCUCUCGUCGAGUCGUCGUCUCUCUCGCCAUCUCUCGCCGUCUCUCUCGCCAUCUCUCUCGCCGUCUCUCUCGCCCCCAUGAAAGGAGCUUGAAGCUCGUCGUCUCUCUCGUCAUUUCUCUCUCUCGUCAUCUCUCUGCCAUCUCUCUCUCGCCGUCUCUCUCUCUCGCCAUCUCUCUCUCGCCGUCUCUCUCUCUCUCGCCGUCUCUCUCGUCGUGUCUCUCUCGCCGUCUCUCUCGUCGUGUCUCUCUCGCCGUCAUCUCUCUCACCGGUUUGAUCUUCUGUGGGAAGCUAUUGUUCUUCAAGAGUAUUCUAACGCAAAGCUUGAGAAGGUUUUGAUUUUACGCUGCAAUGACCUCUGUCCCUGGUACUGAUAGCAUAUUAAGACUUUUAAUUGAGGAUGAUGAGUUGGACUUGUUAUUUGAUGAGAAUCAGUACAUGUGUGCUCUUUUGGAGGAAAUGGGUGGAGCAACAGAAGCUGAUGCUGAUAGGCAAUUAGUCAGGACAAACCGAGGUGAAGGUUGGCGACGUGUGCAACGUUUUAUGAAUGGGUCAGAGGUACAAUGCUAUGAGAUUCUACGCAUGAACCAGGAAACAUUUAAGAGUUUGUGUAAGGUGCUAUCAGAAAAGUAUGGGUUAAAGGAGACUCACAAUGUUUUCGUUGAGGAGAGUGUUGCAAUGUUCUUAGAGACGGUCGGACAAGAUGCAACUGUACGGGCUAUAGCAGAGCAUUAUCAACAUUCAACUGACACUGUGAAAAGGAAGUUAGAACAUGUAGUAUUGAGUUCUCUCUUGAAGCUUGCAUCAGAUAUUGUGAAACCAACGAGGAAUGAGUUUGCAACAGCUAGUCCUUUUCUAGAAGGUAAACCGCAGUAUUGGCCUUAUUUUAGGAACUGCAUAGGUGCUUUAGAUGGAACUCAUAUUGCUGUCCGUCCACCAUGUGAGAAUAGUGAGCCAUUUAGAGGUAGAAAAGGUGAACCAACCAUGAAUGUGCUGGCUAUUUGUAAUUUUGACAUGAGGUUCAUCUACGCUUAUGUUGGAGUUCCCGGGAGAGCACAUGACACGAAGGUGCUAACAUAUUGUGCUACUGAAGAAGCUUCUUUUCCUCACCCACCAGCUGGAAAAUACUACUUGGUCGACUCAGGCUAUCCAACCAGAACUGGUUACUUAGGUCCUCAUCGCAAGACUAGAUACCAUAUAGAUCAGUUCAACAGAGGAGGUCCACCAUCAAACACUAGGGAAUUGUUCAACCGCAAGCACUCCGGUUUAAGAUCAAUGAUUGAGAGGACUUUUGGUGUUUGGAAAGCCAAAUGGAGAGUUUUAGACAGAAAACAUCCCAAGUAUAAGCUGAAGAAGUGGAUAAAGAUUGUGACAGCAACCAUGGCCCUCCACAACUUUAUUCGAGAUUCGCAACAUGGAGAUACUGAUUUUUCAUAUUGGGAAGGAGUGGAAUCAUAUGAACAGCAUGGUGAUGAUGAAGAAGAACAUGUCGGAUACAUUCCGCAGGGUGAUAGAUUGAUGGAGAGUGUGCGUCACUGUAUUACUAUGGAGAUGGCAAGAGGAACUAGACUUCCAUACUAGCAUCAUACAAGUUGUUUCUCUUCUUGGAUUGUUGUAGCAAUGAGUGAAGAAUGUGGAAGUUCUUGUUUGUGGUCCAAAGAUAUGAGACAGUGUGGAAAACGUAUGACAUUGUUUUCUUUAGAUGGGUUUCUUUAAAUUGUUAGACAUCUUUUAAAUUUCAGUUUUAUAAACAUUAUUGUUAGUAUUUGAAUAUCUACUUUGAACGGUUUGAAAGUUUAUUAAAAUUUGAAUA